CGUCGCGCACCUGCACGGGCAGGUGGUACUGCAGGUCCAGCACGCAGGUCUGGCACACGUUCUUCAUGCGCGCGCAGGUCUGGCACACCUCGGUCUUCUUGUAGCGCGCGCGCUUGCCCGGCUUCCAGCGGAAGACCGUGAAGGGCCGUGCGCAGACCUUGCAGGCGCAGCCGUACGCCUCCUUCAUCAUGCGCACGUACGGGUUCUCGCCCAGACAGCUCUCGCACAGCAGCGGGAACUCCUCCGACUCCCACGCCGUCUUGGUCGCGUCCGCCUUGAUGGCGAAGCCGCGCUCCCCCAUUGCUCUCUGUCUCCUAUGGAGCUCCUCGACUUGGAUAGGGCCUAAAAUAGGGCUUCCCAGAAGUGGGAUUCCAACUGCGAGGUUGCGAUUCCAACUGCGAGGUUGCGCGCGUAGUAUACUACGCGCAACAAUUCCCCGAAGCGCGAACAGCGCUUGUAUCGGGGGAAUUGAUGCGCACAUACUUUAUUCGGGUCAAAUCCGUCGCAGAAACACGCGCACGCGUUUCCGCGCAAUAGUACUUUGGCGGAAAAGUGCUAUUCCCUCCAAUGAUGAAUGCUAUUUUCCAGCGGGGAGGGAAUGUUACUUGUCAAACACCCGCGAUUGGCUCAAAAUGAAACGGGGCGCAAUCGGACUUUGCCGAGAACACUCAACAUACAUACGCAAUCGUGCUGGAUGAGCCAUCUGACAAGGUGCGGCCUGGAACGCAAGCAGCUUAGAUCAGGUAGAUGGCAUCUGUGCUGCGGCGCUCGGGCGUGGCGCGGCUGGCCAAUCGCCGGCUCACGCAGCUGCAGGGCGCGGACGCGGCGCGCUUCAUCCAGGCGGUGCUGACCAACGACAUGAAGCACGUGGCGCGCCGCGGCGACGCGCUGUACGGCGGCUUCCUGAGCACCAAGGGCCGAGUGGUGGGCGACUGCAACGUGCUGCAGCUGGCGGACGACGCGUUCCUGCUGGACUACGACGAGGACGUGGCCGAGGCGCUGACCAAGCACUGGAAGCGCUACAAGCUGCGCAUGAAGGUCAAGAUCGAGGACAAGACGGACGCCUACGCGCUCUACGCCACGGUGCCCGCCGCUGUGAGCGAGGCUGGCGCCGCGCUGUCGCCGGCGGAGAAGGUGCUGGACGAGAUGCAGUCAUUGAACGGUGGAGAGGAGACGGUGGUGUACGCUGACCCGCGUGGAGAGCACUUUGGCGUUAGAGCGAUUGUCCCGAUUGACUCGACGCUGAGCUUGCCGGAGGGAUACGAGACGAUGGAGACAUCUGCGUACUUGGAUCACCGCAUCGCGCUCGGAGUCGCGGAAGGCAAGGAGCUGGUGGAUGGGAUUCCGCUCGAGUGCAACCUCGACUUACUGAAGGGUGUGUCCUUCCGCAAGGGGUGCUAUGUUGGCCAGGAGCUCACGGCUCGCACGCAGUUCAAGGGCAACAUCCGCAAGCGGUUAGUGCCUGUCGCGCUGGUUCCGGCGGAACACCAGGAUGUGGUUAAGACUCUGUCGGAGCUUGCGUUCAAGCCGUUCGAUGCACCCUCCCAUGGGGCGCUGCGAGAAUACUUGGCGGACUCGAAGGGGUGGAAGGACGUCAAGGCGCCGGCAAUCGGAGACAAGAUUGUCGCCACAGGCGAGUCCAAAGCGGUUGGAACGAUCUUCAACGUUGCGAAGGACGUGAGCAGCGCUAUCGCCAUGAUGCGCCUCGGCCACCUUCUUCCAUCGGAGUCGGAGGCUGGUGAGACUGUGCCCGCCAUGAAGUUUUCGACGCAGGACGGUGCCUUCCACGCCGUGCCAUAUCAACCAUCGUGGUGGCCUUCGCUGGACGUGAAGACAGGAAAGAUGGUGCUGUCAUGAUACGCAGAAUAGUGCCAAAUGAGCAAGUACACACAGAAUUACAUGGCAUCUUGCUUACUAAAGUACUUACUCGUAUGUAGG